AUGCACCAGGAGUUUAAUGUUAUUGAACUUUUGCUACAUACUGUACAUGCAGAAGUACUCUCUCAUAAUUUUUCCAUUUUGUCUAACCUAACUUUAAUUCAAUUUAUUUUUUCUUGCACUAGGUUGCUUGGUAUUCUUGGCUUGGAGAAAAAUAAAACCAGCUCUGAGGUGUCACAGUUUGUGCUCCUGGGCCUGUCAUCUUCCUGGGAGCUACAGUUAUUUCUCUUCUUAACAUUUUUGUUGAUUUAUGUGGUUAUUGUUCUGGGAAAUCUUUUAAUAGUGAUGGUCAUCCAGGCUGAUGCUCACCUGCUCCAGUCACCCAUGUACUAUUUUCUAAGCCAUCUGUCUUUCAUUGACCUCUGCCUGAGCUGUGUUGCCGUACCCAAAAUGCUAGGAGAUUUUCUACAGAAAGAGAAGACAAUACCUUUUUCAGGAUGUCUGGCCCAGGUAUUCUUUCUUCACUUUCUGGGAGCCAGUGAGAUGUUCCUGUUGACUGUUAUGGCCUAUGAUAGGUACGUUGCCAUAUGCAACCCUUUGCACUAUCUGAUGGUCAUGAAUAACCACCUGCGUCUUCGGUUGGUGUUUGGCUGCUGGUGUGGAGGUUUCAUCCACUCCAUCACACAGGUCAUGAUUGUCAUCCAGCUGCCUUUUUGUGGUCCCAAUGAACUGGACAACUUCUACUGUGAUGUCCCCCAAGUUGUCAAGCUGGCCUGCAUGGAUACUUACUUGGUUGAGGUGCUGAUGGUCUCUAACAGUGGCAUAUUAUCUCUUGUCUGCUUCUUGGUCCUGCUCCUCUCCUAUGCUCUCAUCUUGAUCAAUCUGAGAACUCACCUCUACCGGGGCCAGAGCAAGGCACUGUCCACCUGUGCCUCUCACCUGACAGUGGUCAGCCUGAUCUUUGUACCCUGCGUAUUCAUUUACUUGAGACCUUUCUGCACCUUCUCUGUGGAUAAAGUAGUCUCUGUGUUUUAUACAGUGAUCACACCUAUGCUGAACCCCCUCAUCUAUACACUCAGAAAUGCAGACAUGAAGCACGCUAUAGAAAAGCUGAGAAAGAAGCAAGUGGCAUCCCACUGCUUUGUUAAAGGAUGA